AUGGGCUUUUUCACGCCGUCGCCGACGAUUAACUACAACUUCGUCGCGGGUAUAUACGCCUUCUUCACGGCGCUGUGCGUGUUGCUGUCCGUGCUCCACUUCUACACGCCGAAACUGGAGGGGUUUUACAUCGUACUGGUGCCGUUCGUACCCUGCUUCUUCUGGAGUCUCGUGGUGCGUCACAUUUGGCUGAAGCAACCAGAGAAGAUUGACGAGGACGCCAACGAAUCCAAAAAGGACAAAUAACUGCUCGCAGAGGAAGCUUUAUGCGGAGCGGAUAAUGAGAGCGAAGACGACGUGGUGCUUCGCGACGAUUAAGAGCACGACAGAUUCAAAUUCUGGUUAUAGAGAGAAAAUUAGCC